UAAACUAUUCAUGACACUUUUCCGGAAGUAGAUUUACGUCAUCGUGAGCGUGAGAGGAUACAGGCCCUACAGUUACCGGAUAUUUCGACUCCAAACAUUCUACGGAGGUUUACUUGUACAAAGAAUAUUACAUUUACUUCUGUCAGCAUGCCUACAAAAGAAGAAAUUCAGGAUACCAUCGGAAAGCAUAAGGUUGUUGUGUAUUCGAAAUCAUUCUGUCCAUAUUGUUCGAAGGCGAAACAGGCACUGAACAAUGAGAAGAUAGAAUACCACGUGAUUGAGCUAGAUGGUCGUAGUGAUAUGGACUCCACACAAGACAUUCUGUGUAAACUUACAGGUGCGAGAUCUGUUCCCAGAGUUUUUGUCAACGGGAAGUUCUUUGGAGGAGGAGAUGACACAGUAGCUGCAGUUAAGAAUGGCAAACUUAAAGAACUUCUUUAGAAACACCCACUGGUAUUCAUGAAAAAUACGAAGGACUUGUUUUGUUGCAUUCUGCUUUCUUCCUACAUUCUAUUUAUUUUCUCGUAUUCGUGUGUUGAUUGGACAUAUUUCUAUACCGUUAGUGCAAUUUUAUGUAUUUAUAUGAGAAAGCUGUUGACAAUGUAGCAUUUUUCACGUACAGAUGUUUGAUGCGUCACGUGUGUGAGGGUGUGUGUGUUAUAAAAUACACUUUGUAUGUACGUUUGUACCUUUCAGUGUUUUCAUUAGUAUUUGAUAGACGAUCUUGUUUCACUUUUUGUACUUGCUAUUUUUAAUGAUUUCACUGUUGACAAAUCCAAUAAAAACCUAUAUCUUCCUUUAAAAUCA